AAGGCCCGGCGUGCUCAUUCCGAAGCGGCGACUCGCAGCGAGCGGACCUCCGGAGAGCUUGACCGAGAAGCAAGCCCAAUCCCCGACGCGCGCAGCCCACGCGACAGGCAAUACUUACCGCGGCCCGAUCGACGAAUGCAGUUUUCGAUUCGACAGCGACACCUCGGCAGGACGAACCUCUAACGGCCGAGGCACGGCGUCGUCGUCGAGUCUACUCACCGAGCCACGAGCGGCACUCGAGUCCCGAGGAACGCGCGGCCCGAGAGCGCCGAGGUUAGGAUCCGGCAGAGCCACCCGAGUGCGCGAGCGAGGUUAGCCGCGCUUUCCGUUGGACCGGCUGCCCGAACCCCCAUUGGCCGGCGCCCGACCUAUCGCGCACCGCCGCCGAACUUUCCAGAAGACCCGGCCGAGAUGGCGUUCAUGAUGCCGGUUGUGAAGAACGAGUGGGAGAUCUACAAGACGAACCGCAGCCGACGCUCCUCCGAGUGCUCGAACCCGCAGGCCUGCCGCAGCAGGAAGGUGUCGGAGUGCUCCAAGUCCGAGGGGCCGUCCUUGUCGACCUCACCUGGCUCGGACUUCCUGACCUCGCCGGCCCACCGUUCGGUGCCCCUGACAUCGCGCCACUUCUCGAGGACCUCCUCCCGUACCUCCCAGAGCUCCCUCCAGAGUCCGAGCAAGAGCACCGGGUCCUCGCCCCCGAAGACCGGGAGCUCGAACUCCUUGAACAAGUUCCACAACCGGCUGGUAGACAAGCUGAAGAGGUCCCUGAAGAAGGCCGAGGACAGCCCGGAGGACCAGCGAAACUUGUCGUGAAACAACCAUGGGGUUUUGGGCCGGCCGCCCCCGUCCGGUUCGAAACCGAUCGAGAUCCGUCGCACCUCGGCCCCCACCGGUGCUGGCCCCAGCACCAAACAGGUCGUGGCCCACUCGUGCCCGGAUCCGCCGACCUGGUAACGCCGCCAGGAUGCCUGCUGAUCCCCAGCCUUUGCGCCGCUCGCAGGAGCGGAGUCCUAGGGAGCCGUCUGGAGGAUCGCGCCGGACCGGUUCCUGACCGGUCCACGUGUCUCGGCGCGAGCCCACGUGGGGAAGGGAGAGAGAAGCGGUCCAUUGGGAUCCGAAGCGUCCUAAGGGACGAGGUCCACGUGACCCGAAGCCGUACCACCACCCGGAGAGUCGCUCUGGACCGAGCCCCGGAUCGGGACCAGAUCGGACAACCGUGAAGAGGCACGACGAAACAGAAACAAGCGGGACCGAGCAGAGUCACCUCCCCAAGGAAAUGCUCUCUGGAUCGGUCCACGACCGGUCCCCGGAUUGGUUCCUGACCCCAGCUUCGGACUGGCUCCGAGCUGGUUCUUUUUGCACCCCACACCUAGAGGUACGGAUCGACGCGGCGAUGGUGCCCUUUCGGCGGUGCCGGAUUUUCCCUCGACCCGGUACGUGCUCCAGACCCGGUUUCCUUUGGUUUCUCCUCGAUCCCUGGCUGGUCCCCACCCGGGACCAUCUGGUCCACCUCGCUGAGCGGAACAUCCAGGGUCGUGGAGGCCUUUUUCAUGCGUUCCAACUUCUGGGGUCUGGAGAACGACGCCUGCUGGGGGCGUCCUACCGGUGUCAAGACUCACGGAGUCCUGGCGAUUAUCACGAUUUCUCGCGAUCUCGACGAGGUUCAACACUUCCCGAGGAUGUCGGGCUGACCGAGGAUCCCGUAGAGGAGUCCGUAAUCAUCGAACGCCGAUUUGACUCCGUCGUGACCUAGCUUGGAAACUAUCUACCGAGGAAACUCCACGGAGAUCGGGCCCAAGUUCACGGGGACUCCUCUCCCGAGGGAGGUCCCAUCUUCCCGGUCAUCCCACAUCGGAGGGAUCCACGUUAAGGUCCGUUCUAACGACUAGUUCCUUUCGCGUUCUGUCGCUGGUAUGACUUGACUUGUCGUUUCUAACACUCUAUCGCGAUCGCUGUUGAUUUGGGAAGCGUCCUACCGAUGCGAGCUCGGCGUCGAUGGCGCGGAAUAUUGGCACGUUUUGUCACUACAUUGCGGCUCCGGAGUUAUUUCUUCGGGUAGCUCGGGAAAGCUCCGUGGGCCUACGAUAUUAAUACCGAUCACGUCCUGGAAUCUUUUGGCUGCCUGCCAUCGGAAGUAACGAACCCGCUCCUCCUUGAAUUGUCCGGCCUGCAACGUCGACGCCGAGCCGGGAAAAGAGAUGGAAUGUAGAUUGAGGUCGUCGUAUCGCUGUUUAUUGAUUAAGCUAGCCGAUCGACAGCGAAUGUCGGUCCUUAUUUUAUAGGCAUAUCACACGUAAUUUCGGCGGUCGUGGGCCAGGAUGGGCCGCCAUUAUUUGCUUUACUAUUAUGACUCGACUACCUUGAAUGGUCGCAUGUGCGAGUUUACCGCGGAGAGGGAGAUAUUUAGCGCGAGAGAUAGAGUAUAUAUAUAUACACGUAUAUACAUAUAUAGUGAUCGAUGAUGAACGAAAGCCUAAGAAAAGACUUAAUUUAGCUUAACCUCGCGCCGGCGCUCCAGGCUACGAAGAAUUAGUGUCGCGUUACGUUUGUUACGGAAGGGGACGUGUCUCCGAGACCUGAAUGCCGGAAACCGCUGCGUUUUGCAUCGUUGACACGAGCGGAUCUCUCUGAGAGAUUCCCCUAAUUGCGGAUGUUUUUAUUUUAUUUGGAUUUUAUUUCAUUUCAUUUUAUUUUGAUUUUUUUUUUUUUCCUUUUUCUCUUCGCGGUUUUAUAGAAGCGCGUCAUUUCGGAGCAAUGGCUCCCGUAAUUUGGAGUCCGAUUCUCGAGUCCAUACUAUGAACAUUUGCACGCGACAUCGACAGUUUCUUAUUAUACUUUCAAAGGUUAACUGAUGACGCGACUUAGCAACAAGGUGACAAGUUUUUCUGGGGAAUCUAUUCUUAUGGGAGAAUAAUCUGUAUGGACUCGAUAGUCGGGCCCCUGUAGUGGUCCCCCGGAGGAACGAUUUCUUCUUCUUUUUCUAUUGUUACUAUUUGCACUAUUAUUAUAUUAUAUUGUAUUAAUAUUAUUAUCGUUACUGCUAUCACAGUAGUUGUAAGGACCUUUUUCACCGUCGAUGGGUAAAUGUCUUUCUCCGAGCGGAGGCGUCCACGGAGACGCCUCGUCGGAUGCUUUUGGCGAUUUUUGACAUCGACGUUGACAAUUUUCUUCCCUUGAUCGUUGUCCUGGGAUUAUUCUACGAUGCCGUGUCAGGAUCGGGGGAAGGAGACGCUCCGAAAAAUAAGUAGAACUAUGUAUCUUUUCUUUUUUUUUUUUCUUCGCGCGGAGUCUUUACUAGACUCUUCUUCGAUGACGUCUGGCGAAUUUCUCAUAUUUUUAUAUGUAUCUUUUUGGGGUUUUUUUUUUUUUUCGUUAUCAAUUGAAGGGAAAAAAAAUGAAGGUCGGACGAGGAAUUGCUUAUCCAGUGGGUUUUUGUUCGCCAAUGUUGCGGAAUUGUCAACUCGAGCUCGCAAUGAGGAAAGUGAUUUUCCGGUUUUCUAUUUUUCUUUCUCUAUCUUUUUGUUUUUUUUUUUUUUCUUUUGACACUUGCGAACUGGGAGCAACUAAACGAUACCGCGUGUAACUCUGUGAUACCGUAAGCUAUAAGGUAGAAUUAUUUUGCAACGAAGUACAGGAGGGGGGGGGAAGAAAGAAAAGAGUACGAGAGAGCGUGAGACGGGAAGCGAGCGGUGCAAAUGCGGACAGAGUUUAAGGGCGGUGGGGAAGUUGCGGGGGACACGUGGACCUGGGUGCCUACUUCGGAUGUUUUUGGGCGACGUCCCAUGUGAAAUCGGAAUUUACCAGUUGUUUUAAAUUCUUCGAAAUUUCACCUGGGUGCCUAUUUCAGACAUUUUCGAGCGACGGCCCUUGGAGGAUCAGAAUUUACGAGAUUUAAUUGAAAUCCAUCAAAAUUUAACCCGAAUGUCUAUUUCAGACAUUUUCGGGCGACGUCCCUUGUAAUAUCAGAAUUGAUGAGGUUUCUUUGAAAUCCUUCAGAAUUUCACAAGUUAUCUUAAACUCUUCGAAAUUUAACCCGGGCGCCUAUUUCGGGAAUAUCUGUCAGACAGCCCUUCGUAGAGCAGAAUUUAUGAAAUUAUUUGAAAUUCAAGGUGGGCAAUUAUUUUGAAUUUUCAAUCGCUUUCACUUUGGCUCCUUAGGAAGGUUUUGAAGGGACCCACGAUGGUGGAUGCCUGUUUUAGAUUUUUCUUCACGACGGGAGAAUUUUCCGAGUUUUCGGUGAUACCCCAAAUCUUGUCAACCCUUCCACCACCGAGACAGGGACUGUUUGAAAUAGGCGCCCAGGAUUGGGAAAAUCGCCCGGAGCCUUCGAUUACUCUCCAUACGGCACGUGGGCAACGUUAAUCAGGGAAAAUCGGGUGAAAAGAUUCGGAAAAGUUACGGAUCUCUGUCGGGGCUUGAAGGUCUCGUAACUCUAGGUACUUCUUUUCUUUGUUUUCGGGGGAACCGACUCGACACAUACUGUACCUAGGACACGGAUAUCCCGUGGGGAUCCCGCGGGGUUCCGGGAGGUCGCGGAAAAUUUUGAAAAUUGCCUAGACGUCUCGCAUUUUCCUGGACGGACGACGGCCGGCGUCGUUAACAGCUUUUCCGGUGGGACGGAGGGGGUGGGGGGUGGAGGUCGUGCCGGAAAUGUGUCAGAUGUGUCGAAUAAUUUCCAAAAGUUGCCGCUUCGCGUAAGACUGCUUAAUAUAUAUAUACAUAUGUAUAAAACGAUGAGAGAAAAUUGACAAUUCGGUGUUAUAUAUCGUGGUGCUUUGAUAGGAGUUUCGGGACGGAGCGGCAGGCCGUUUGUUUAGGUCGAGGAGAAGGAAAUUAUUUCACGAUAUCGGCUGGUCGAUAAUCGACGAGCUCCUGGCACAACUCGAAGAAAAAUGGCCGAGGAACGUCUAACUUAAGAAAGGAAGGAAAAAAAAAGGAAAAGAAAAUUAACAGAGAAAUGUAUCUCUUACGAGAUCGACACUUUCAAUUUCUUUUCCUCCGCCAUUAUCGUCACGUGGCGUGAAAAAUUUCAAUAUAUACGCAUUUGGAGACGCGUUGUAUAUCUUUUUUUUUUAACCAUUCUUUAGUAUUCGAGUUGUGCCAAGAUGGCGGAAUAAAGGUCCCCUGAUAAGGGACGAUGGAGGUUCGUCCCGAGCUUCGUCGGACGAUUUGUACCGAUUAGGCGGCGUUACUAUAGAGAUCUAGGGUUUGGCGAGAUACGAUCUAUUUAUAUUAAGAUGUCGACGGUCGCGGAAUCUCGCGAUCGGGAAGGAACAUCUUAUCGAGCGUCGAUGGCGGGGAGAGAAGACGCCGUCGCCGAAUUUCGAUGGCGAGUUUCGAUUCCGCGGCUCGUCGGAACGAUUGUAAAUUUGAUAAUUUAUUCGGCGACUCGACUCGAUAUUUCUUACGACUGCGAGUAUAUUAUGAGGGUUCGGCGAUUGGAGAUUACUUUUGCGGGACGGUUGAGAUGAUUUUUGGAGCAUGGCUGAGGAGAAGCGAGGGCCGAGAUUCGAUCUGGACCUGUUUCAGGAUGCGGCUGAUCCGCCAUCUUGCGGGUCGUUCGCCUUUUUACGCGAUGCAAAGAAGACUGUGGAGGUGUACCAGGCGAUUGUUUGAUAGGUACACCGUAACGAAUUAAUUCUGUCUUCGAUAUUAAAAAGAAUAUCCAGACGCGAGAUGAAGUCGGACAAAAAUUAAAAUGGAGGGACGAUAAGCGUCACCAUUCGCGCAUUUUAUUUAUCACGUCUCUUUUGAAUUUUCGGGAGUACGUGGGACGAUAGUUUUAUCGUUAGUAAAUGGGACUAUGUUUUGGAAGUUUUCUUUAUUGUAUGUUGAAGGACCCGCAGUACGAAUUGUCUCCUUUGCAACGUGUUUUUUUUAUUUUUUUUAUAUGUAUAGAUGCGCGCUCAAAAUUCAAAUUUCUUUCGGCCGAGUACAUUCUCCUUAGCCAUGGCGAUUAAAUAAUCACUGCCAAAAAGCCCACACUAAUGCAAAUCCCGGCUCGAUAGUCGGCCCUUGGAGGGGUAGGAGGGUCGUUGACUUUUCGGGCGUCGAGAGGCGCGACACUUUUUCACAUAGUUAUUUAUUUUUCGACGAGCGACAGUAGGCUUUCGUUGUUGUGCGGUGCCCGACAUUUCGGCGAGUCGGCAGGAAACUUGCUAGGAUAUGAGGCGAGGAGAGUUAUUCGUUUUUCGGGCGCGACUCCGCUUUUCCCGAAAAAUCCACCCGUGGGGAAUUUCGCUUUCCACUGGGUCGGCUUGCACAAUUUUAGCGACAAAUCUUGAAAUUUAUAGUGAUUUAUUUAUUGAAUCUUAAAUUACAAGUCCAGUUGAUAUAGAUUCAUUUCUGCGGAGAAUCUGCGUCUGUCGAGGCCACUGCAGAUUUUCCUUAAAUUUUCCGUAAAUUCUCAGUCAACUUUUGAAAAUAUCGGAUUUUUCGGACGCGACUUCGCUUUUUCGAAAACCUACCCGUAGGGAAUUUUUAUUUCCAUUGGGUCGGCUGGACGAAUCUAGCGACAAAUCUUGAAAUUUAUAAUGGUUUGUUUAUUGAAUCUUAAAUUACAAGUCCAGUUGAUAUGUUCAUUUCUGCGGAGAAUCUGCGUCUGUCGAGGCCACUGCAGAUUUUCCUUAAAUUUUCCAUAAAUUCUCCGUAAAUUCUCAAAAUCAACCUUCGAAAAAUAUCCCAAGGCUCUUCAGCCCGACCGAAUAAUUCCUGAAAAAUCGUUUCUUUCGGCGAGAAUCGAAUACUUUCGAGAGGAGUUUGAGAAGUGACGCAGCUUUACCCGAAUGCUACUCAUUCGGCUAUUUCUUAAGGGAUGUGGAAAAUGUAAUAGCGGUUUGCGCCGAGGGAUUAUUUUCGAAACGGCCGAGGAAUGAAAUAAUUCGACUCGCGUCGGCCCGAUUAAGACUGAAGAUGAAAGAAAUAGCUAACGGUGAUCAUCGCGUACCAUUUACCCAUUUGAUCAUGAUUGCUCGGUUGUUUCUUGUCGAAAGUCUUAAGGCUUAAACCGACGGACGUUCUCGGUGAGAUUAAGGGCGGUGAGGACGUUAAGGAGGUGUCUUAAGGUAGGGAGGACGUUCAUGAGUUUAAGCGCGAGUUUUAUUGUUUUUUUUUCUUCUUUUCUUUUCUUUUCGCCGAGCCAUCGUGUUCCUUGCGUCGUCUCGAGCCUUAACUCGAUUACGCCUCUUCUUAUUUUUUAUUCCCCGUUUAUUCUCCUACGUACAAUUUUCCGGCCCGAUUACCGGACUAGGCUCGGCGUAAAGGUGCGAAAUAAAAUGCGAAACUCGGAUUAACUUUAUACGAAACUGCCGAAGGAAUGAAUUUUCAAUAUGGUGUCUCGGGAGAAAAGUUUCGUGACGCGAGUUGAGGUCUCGAGGCUGCGCGCGCACACAUUCCACGCGUAUUAGCAUAUACCGUACAUGUAUAAAGAAACAAAAAAUAACAAAAGUAACCUGUUAGCGUUUGAUAAGAUGAUUCACACGAGAUAUUACACUUGAGGAGAAAUAGUGAGAACGAACGAUAUGUAUAUAUACAUAUAUAUCAUAAAGUUUGGAAAGCUUACGAUGGACCUCGGUUGAUCAUUAUUAUGUAUCCGUGAUUUUUAUGUCAUGUUCAAUAAAUGAGUUUCAAACUA